AUGUUCCGCUUUCAACAAGCCACGGACAGCAACGCCCUCCAGCUCUGGAGGUUAUUCAAAAAUAAACCUCCCAAAACAGAGGAGGAUGAGGAUGCCUCUCAGGCAGGGGUUAACAAAGCCAGUAAAGGAGGAAUCAUCUAUGGAGACUACCUGCAGCUUGACAAAGUAGUGUCAGCUCAGGUGCUGCAGAGUGAACUAAAAGGGAACAAGAUCCACGAUGAGCAUCUCUUCAUCGUCACCCAUCAAGCCUAUGAACUGUGGUUCAAACAGAUUUUGUUUGAACUUGAUUCAGUGCGAGAGAUCUUCAUCAGCGGACAUGUCCGAGAUGAACGCAACAUGCUCAAGGUCAACACCCGCAUCCACAGGAUCGUAAUGAUCUUCAGACUGCUAGUCGACCAGUUUGCCGUUUUGGAAACAAUGACAGCCUUGGACUUUUUUGACUUUAGGGAAUAUCUCGCUCCAGCCUCCGGCUUCCAAAGCCUUCAGUUUCGGCUCUUGGAGAACAAAAUCGGGGUCCCAGACAACCUGAGGGUUCCAUACAACAGACGCCACUACAGAGAUAAUUUCAAAGGAUCUGACAGUGAGAUGCUGCUCGCCACUGAACAGGAGCCGACCCUCCUGAAGCUGGUUGAGGAGUGGCUGGAGAGAACUCCUGGUUUGGAGGUGGAUGGAUUCAAUUUCUGGGAAAGGCUGCAAAUCAAUAUAUUUGAUGGGCUGAAUCAGGAGAAGGAGAAAAUUGAAAAAAUGCCAGAUUCUGAAGAGAAGGAGGAACUGAUGGCUGAGCUGGUCAAACAGAGAGAGAUCUUCACAUCCCUGUUUGAUGAGAAGCGUCACGACCACCUCAUCAGCAAAGGUGAGAGGCGGCUCUCUUACAAGGCUCUGCAAGGUGCUCUGAUGAUCUAUUUCUACAGGGAAGAGCCGAGGUUUCAGGUUCCCUUCCAGCUGCUCACAUCCCUCAUGGAUAUUGACACUCUCAUGACAAAAUGGAGAUACAACCACGUGUGCAUGGUGCAUCGUAUGAUUGGCAGCAAAGCUGGCACCGGGGGCUCAUCUGGCUACCACUACCUGAGAUCCACUGUCAGUGACCGCUACAAAGUCUUUGUGGAUCUGUUCAACCUGGCAACAUUCCUGGUGCCUCGCCACUGGGUGCCCAAGCUGAACCCCAACGUCCACACCUUCCUCUACAUGGCCGAGUGCUGCGACAGCUCCUACUGCAGCAGCGAGGACUCAGACUAGAGCGCGUCUCUGUCAUCCGCCCCGGCUUCCUUUCACUGUAACGGAUUACACCAAAGUGGAUCAUUUGCACAGCUGAUAAGUUUCAGUGACAGAUGCGUAGGUGAAGUGCAAGCCAUCAAAGGAACUCAUUUUGUUGAUGUUUCAAUCUGAUGCAUGACAUCCAGCCGAUGCAUCCGAAAAGUCUAUGCACAGAAGAAUUUCCUCAUUAAUCAGGCCAGUCUUAAAUAUAACCUAUUCUACUCAAACCCUGUGAUGAAGAUACAGUUUAAAAACACAGUAAGAUGACAUUUUUGGAACAGGGCACAAUUUAAUUUGAUGUGUUAUACCAGUUAAAAACAUGAUGUUAGUUUGACAGAUAACACAGAGAGAGGAAAAACCCUCGAAUAUGCACGAGGGAGAGACCUUUUUUUUUUGUUUGUUUUUUUCCCUGAUGGCAUUUCAGGAUGUAUUAGUAUUCUGGCAUGUAAAUACAGAAACAUAACAAAUGUAAAAUAAUAAGUAAGUGUGUAUAUUCUAAUGUUUAGCAGACACAGGAAACAAAAAUGCAGCAAAUAAGUCGGGCUGCGGAGCCUGUUAUGCAAUGUCUGACAACAAAUAAAUCAAAUAGCCAUAUUAGACUAUUUUGCUUUUAUCUUGACUGUGAGUCACACAGUGCUGCAGAUGGCUCCUUGAUAAGAGCCGCUUGGAUGUUUUCUCAAUAAAAAUUGCAUAAAUUAACUUAGACUGACCUGACAGAAAAUGGAUCAGUGAGAGCUGUGAUCAAACCUUGCGCACGGGGACAACGCUGAUAGUGACGAAGGGUUUUGUCUUUCAUGUCAGCAUGGGGAAGGUGUCACAACAGGAGCCGUUUCCGACUACUGAGAUGUGGCUUAGAUACAUAAAAUGACAGCAAACCUCAGUCACGUCAAUGUCAAUAUCUACAACGGAGCCAUUUGCAAAGCAUAAAUGUGACACUACAAAAUAUGAACCAUAGAAAAUUGUACAUAUUAUUAGUGAUGUCGCUGUUAUGGAUAUGUUUUGUAUUGUAUUAUAUACAGUAUAUAUAUGCAAUUGUAUUGUGUAUUUAUGCAGUGAUGAUUGUGUCUCUGUAUUGAUAAAUGUACAAGUCGUAUUACCCACAUGUAUCUACCUUGUGUAUUAUAAUACGAUGCAUAUUUUGUACAGUAAAACUAUUCGUAUUGUGA